AUGGCCGUUUCAGCCACGCUACUGUGGCUCUUCUGGCUGGGCUGUGGUAAUGCCAGGGUCACGACAUCCCUGGGCGUGCCGGAAGGCCCUGAAGCACUAAAUACCUUGUUCUCUCGGGAAGACGGGAAGAAAUUUGUCUGGCGCGGAGAUGUCAGGGAUAAUGUCACGAUUCAGAGGGCUGGCGGAUUCAGACCGCGAGGCAGCUACGUCGACGAGGAGGAAGCAUUCGACCUUGAACGCCACAAGCAAGGUGCAAUGGCGUGGAAGGACGAGCAAUACGACAGCGAAGACUCGGACGCGGAGAGCUGCUCACCGUCUGAAAUGGGCUGGGCGAGUGCCUAUGUGUCGACGGCGUCUUCGUCCAGCGCGGUGUCUCACCUCCCGUGGAUUUACUUGGUUCGCGCCACUCCGAACAUGAUUGACACAGUUCGCGCGCUUAACCUGGAAGACAACGAAGAGGAAUUUGCGGCUCUUGGAGGCAUCCUUUGGCCACAGGUAGUGGGACACAUGUCGCUAGAGGCUCUGCAGCGCCUGAACCGGCGGUAUCCAGACGGAAUCCCCGACGACGUCGCUGUCGAAAACGUCGUUCCAAACCCCCAAUACGACGCAGACCGGUUUCGCGACUCAGUCGCCGACAGCUCGCGGGCAGAAGGCUAUGAUAGAGGCUCCAUGGAAGCGGCGAUAGAGUUCAUGGGGCGCCCCGGAGUCGGCGAGGUUGUCGGCUGGACGGGUCAGUUCCCGCUACUCCCGGUUGACUCUCCCUGUCCGUCGCCGUCGGCGAGCGGCGACAGCAGUUCUGAGGAGACUCAGGGCGAGAGUGCCAUCCUUUCGAGCCAACGAGGACAGAAUGCUGCGCUCACGGAAGAAGAUUUGCUGGCGGCUGCCGAGUACCUGCGGGAGCACGACGAACCAUGCGAGGCCGAUUCUCACUCACUGAACAGCUAUCUAGUGGUGGAGGCGGAGGAUGCCAUAGCGACCUCCUUGGAGAGGUUUGAUCGGGAAAACCCCGACGGACCGUUUGGGCACAACCGCGGAAUUGCAGAGGCGGACGCGUUCAUCCAGCAAGCUAUAGAUAGGAUGCGACGGGGUCAGAACGGCGUGUGCAAUCUCCUUGACGGGUGCGGUUCCAUGCUUGGAAAGUUUUCCCGAGCCAAGAGAGCGGAAGGGGGAGCUAGUAAGGGAUUGGAACCAUUCUGCGGAAAGCUCAAAAAGACGGAUGCCUGCGACCACAUCCAAGACGUCGAGAUUGGUUUCAAGCUGUCUGACGAUUACUUUUCCGGGACCUAUGAUCGCCUGGGAGCCAUUCUAGAAGGCCCGGCUGGUAAAGCCAGCUUGGAGAUUGCAGAGGCCCCCCCGUCAGGAUUCGAAAAGUGGUUUCGCGUCGGGCCCAAUAUGCUUGACAUCAAGAAGGGCAUCAACAAGAUCCAGCUCACUGCUGCGGGGCACUACUCGGGCACCAGGAACGACGAGUGGAAGCUUCAAGACAUGGUAUUGCGUGCCCGCUGCGUCGAGUCGGGCUACAGGGUUGAAGUCGACAAGUUCAAGGCGCUCAAUGCCGUGUACAAGCACAAGCACACGGGGCGUGAGUCGGACCAACUGCUGGCGCAGACUGUCGCCACCUUGGACAUUGCCCCGACGGACUGGCACAUGAGGCCCGUCUGCAGCUACAUCGAAGAGCUGAAGUUUGAGUUUACACUGUCCGAUCAGUACUUCUCUGGAACCUACGAGGCCAUAGUGCUCCUUCUCGGGAGGUCCGGGAGAAUCCUUGUCGCACAAGAGCCUUCGCCGGGGUUUUCCGUUUCGAAGGCCGUUGAUCUGAAGAAGGCGUUUGGCUCCGACGAAAUUCCCGUGCGCGAUAUCAAACAGUUGUACCUGGUUGACCUCCCCAGCAUCGGCUAUUUCACAAGAGAUGCGUGGAAGCUUCAAGGCCUCACAUUCACGGCGAAAUGCGCGGGCUCGUCCAAGACGAUGGAGAUGAAGAAGUUUCAGUCGGUCAACCAGUGGCUUCAGCAUGGACCGGGAUUCCGACCUCAGAAGGUUUGGUCGGGCGAGAUAAAUCCUGAAGACUGGUGGGAAGUGUCUUCGUGA